AAAAAUAGGGCAAGCUUGAUGAUUACCAGGAACGAAUGAACAAAGGGGAAAGGCUUAAUCAAGAUCAGCUGGACGCGGUAUCUAAGUACCAGGAAGUUACGAACAAUUUGGAAUUUGCAAAAGAAUUACAGAGGAGUUUCAUGGCAUUAAGUCAAGAUAUUCAGAAAACAAUAAAGAAGACAGCACGUCGAGAGCAGCUUAUGCGAGAAGAAGCAGAGCAGAAACGUUUAAAAACUGUGCUUGAGCUGCAGUAUGUUUUGGACAAAUUGGGAGAUGAGGAAAUACGAACUGACUUGAAGCAAGGUUUGAAUGGCGUGCCGAUAUUAUCUGAAGAGGAAUUGACCUUGUUGGAUGAUUUCUACAAGUUAGUGGACCCUGAACGAGACAUGAGCUUAAGAUUGAAUGAGCAAUAUGAGCAUGCCUCAGUUCACCUGUGGGACCUGCUGGAGGGGAAGGAAAAAUCUGUCUGUGGAACAACCUAUAAAGCACUAAAGGAAAUUGUUGAGCGGGUUUUUCAGUCAAACUACUUUGAUAGUACUCACAACCACCAAAAUGGGUUGUGUGAGGAAGAGGAGGCUGCCUCAGCACCCGCAAUUGAAGAGCAGGGAGCUGAAGCUGAACCUGAGCCAGCAGAGGAGUACACUGAACAGAAUGAAGUUGAAUCAACAGAGUAUGUAAAUAGACAAUUUAUGGCAGAAACACAGUUCAGCAGUGGUGAAAAAGAGCAAGUAGAUGAGUGGACAGUUGAGACAGUUGAGGUAGUAAAUUCACUCCAACAGCAACCACAGGCUGCAUCUCCUUCAGUACCAGAGCCCCACACUUUGACUCCAGUGGCUCAGGCAGAUCCUCUCGUGAGAAGACAGCGAGUACAAGACCUUAUGGCACAAAUGCAGGGGCCGUAUAAUUUCAUUCAGGAUUCUAUGUUGGAUUUUGAAAACCAGACACUUGACCCUGCCAUUGUAUCUGCACAGCCCAUGAAUCCUACACAAAACAUGGACAUGCCCCAGCUUGUGUGUCCUCCAGUUCAUUCUGAAUCCAGACUUGCUCAACCUAAUCAAGUUCCCGUACAACCAGAAGCUACACAGGUCCCGUUGGUCUCAUCCACAAGUGAAGGGUACACAUCAUCUCAGCCCUUGUACCAGUCUUCUCAUGCUACAGAGCAGCGACCACAAAAGGAACCGAUUGACCAGAUUCAGGCAACAAUCUCUUUAAAUACAGACCAGACUACAACAUCAUCAUCCCUUCCAGCUGCAUCUCAGCCUCAGGUGUUCCAGGCUGGGACAAGCAAACCUUUGCACAGCAGUGGAAUCAAUGUGAAUGCAGCUCCAUUCCAGUCCAUGCAGACGGUGUUUAAUAUGAAUGCCCCAGUACCUCCUGUUAAUGAACCAGAAACUUUGAAGCAGCAAAGUCAGUACCAGGCCAGUUAUAACCAGAGCUUUUCCAAUCAACCUCACCAAGUAGAACAGACAGAGCUUCAGCAAGAACAGCUUCAAACAGUGGUCGGCACUUACCAUGGUUCCCAGGACCAGCCCCAUCAAGUGACUGGCAAUCAUCAGCAGCCUCCCCAGCAGAAUACUGGAUUUCCACGGAGCAGUCAGCCUUACUACAAUAGCCGUGGCGUAUCUCGUGGAGGCUCCCGUGGUGCUAGAGGCUUGAUGAAUGGAUACCGGGGCCCCGCUAAUGGAUUCAGGGGAGGAUAUGAUGGCUACCGUCCUUCAUUCUCUAACACUCCAAACAGUGGCUAUACGCAGUCUCAAUUUAGUGCCCCACGGGACUACUCUGGCUAUCAGCGGGAUGGAUAUCAGCAGAAUUUCAAGCGAGGCUCUGGGCAGAGUGGACCGCGGGGAGCCCCACGAGGUCGUGGAGGGCCCCCAAGACCCAACAGAGGGAUGCCGCAAAUGAACACUCAGCAAGUGAAUUAAUCUGAGUCACAGGAUUAUGUGUAACCGCCAAAAACACACUGGCCAGUGCACCCUAAUGUUACCAGAAGAGUUAUUAUCUAUUUGUUCUCCCUUUCAGGAAACUGUUGUAAAGGGACUGUUUUCAUCCCAUAAAGACAGAACUGCAAUUGUCAGCUUUAUAUUACCUGGAAAUGGAAGGAAAUGAUUCUUAACCCUGCAUGUUCUGUCCUAAGGUCAUCUUGAGCCUUGCACAUGACACUCGGAUUCCUCACCCUUGCUUAGGAGUAAGACCGACACCUUACGGGGUGAUAGCUCCAUAAUUCCAAGUGACUUGGAAAAUGUGAGAGUGACUUUUGACAUUGGAUAAAAUCUACAAAACAGCCCUAGUGUUGUUUAGUGGUAAUUGACAAAGCUAAAAUAUUUCCCAGGAAAGGAAGGUGGACGGAAUCUUUCCAGUUAAAUUGGAGUACUCGACAUUUAGAUGCAUACUACAUUAUGCAUGGGCCCUUCCUUACUCACACAUGUAAGGCUGGUUACCAGCUUUGACACAGCACUGUUCUUUAUCUGGUCAAAUGACUGUGGUUAGAAAACAGAAACAUGUAAAUUGCUUUUUAAUAGCUGAUAAUGUAUUAAGACAAAGCCAACAGGCAAAAUUAGGCUUUGAUUGGCACUUUUUGGAAAAUAUGCAACAAAUAUGGGUUAUAAUAAGGAUGGCCGCUUCUGUAUUUAAUGUGAAGUAUUUCGAUAGCUUUUGGACACUUAACAGUUUGGUUGACAAUGGUUUUUGUAAGGAAUUGGUACUUUAUAUCAUUCCUUAUAACGUACAUUGUCACUAAUACUAGGAUCUUGCUGUGUUGUCACCUAAAUUGCUACAGGCACUGAUGGAAAUCUAAUGGCUAAAUCAUAACACUUUUGGUCACAUAUCUUUCCUGCAGCCUGAAGGAUUUUAAGAGUAAAAGUUAUCAAAUGCCUGCUGCUGCUACCACCCUUUUAAAUUGCUAUCUUUUGAAAAGCACCAGUAUGUGUUUUAGAUUGAUUCCCUAUUUUAGGGAAAUGACAAGUCAGUAGUUUCACAUUCUGAUGGUAAAAACAAAACAAAUAAAACAUGUUUAUAAAAGUUGUAUCUUGGAAACGUGUUGAACAGCUAGCAGCUUAAGUGAUUUACUCCCAAGCUUUUUUUUUUUUACAACCCCAAGCAUUUUUAUGUUACGAAUUUUAUGUUUCUCUCCACUAGCUCUUUCUACAGUACUUGUGUUUACAUCUUUUCUAUAGUUUAACCCUCAAUUGAAUUCUUUCUUAUGGAGGCAUUUAUAUUCAAAGUGGUGAUUUCUUUCCUUAGGUGCAUAGAGUUGCAGGGUUGAUGGAAAUGGACAGUUCAGUCGUAAAUUAACUUUCUGUACUAUGUUGGAACUUGUACUAGCAGUUUGAGCACCAGUACUGUGCCUACCAGCUACGAACUUAAUGCUUUUUUUUUUAUAGGAUCCCACUUUGACUUUAUGGAGAAUAAAUCCCACCUAUAAAGGAAAGGCUACAUAGAAAGUGGUAUAUUCUGUAUAAAAUUUGAAUUUUCAGCCAUUAGCUAAGGAUUUUUGCUUAGCUUACUUUAAAUGUGAUGUUUGUGUUUUGUGUGAAAGUACUUAACAAAUUAGGUUCUCAUUUAGCAAUUUUAUACACAUUGUGUCGUUUCUUAGAAUUUUCACAGUGUCAGCAUUCCUCAUUUUUAUCCAUUCCUUCUCUCAGCUGCUUUUGAGAAACAGUUGGCUAUUUGGUUACAUACAGUUUAUUUUUAAGGAUGCACACUACACAUGGAUGACACCUUAAUAAGCCCAAUGGUGGCCCACAAAAGCAGCUUUAACUGUGUUCAGAGUUAUCUUAGGAUGAUAGGCUUGGGUCUCCUCUUGUCUGUCUUGCUUCAGUUUGAGUUUUGUUCCACAUUUCUCUCCCAUUCUCUCUGGAACCUUCUCAUGUCUUUGGUCACCAUCUAAUUGUCAGGUUAGAAGAGGUUCAGGCUUCUGUGAGCCCUUAGUCCUGUGUCCUGUGUUUUCCUUUAAGCCUUUGAUAGCCUUCAUUGUCUCUUGCUCUAUGUGAGUAGAGAGAAUGUUUUCACAGAUGUUGGCUUGGAUGCUUUUAAGACCCCAAGUAUCUUUAUGAACUUGCAGUGUGCCCGUUGACUGAGUUGCCCCUGAAGACUGGACCCAAACUUUCUGACCUAGUAAACCACUUCCUCGAAGCAUGUGAAUAUAUUCUAGGAAGCUUCCACGAUUUUAACCCCCUGCUUGGUUGGUUACCGUAUAUACUCAAGUAUAGACUGACUUGAAUAUCAGCCGAGGCACCUAAUUUUACCACAAAAACUGCAUUAAAAUGUGCUGAAAAACUUGGCUUACACAAAGUAUAUACGGUAUACCAUAUAUGUGGAUCUUUAGACAAAGGGCCUUCAAAAGCUGGUGGGAAAAUACCAUAGUCCUUCAAUUCCAUUUCUUCCAGAACUUUCUGGAAGCCCCCUCAUAUAUAUAUGUGUGUGUGUGUGUGUGUGUGUGUACGUACGUACACAUGGCUAUAGAUAGCUAUACAUACAGUGCAUUUACUCAAAUAUGCCUUCCUAUAUGUUUUCAUGUCUACCUACACAAACACACUUAAAAUUUUUUGCCAUUGAAAAAUUGUGUGUGUGACAGCAUUCACCAAAAUUGUCCCUUUUGUUGAUUACUUCAUGUGUCGUUAUUUACUUUGGUUAAGCUCUGUUAAUUUCACCAGUGUUUGUUGCCUUUCCUCUCACCACAGGGUGUAGUGAAUAAUCCUAGUAAGGGAAUUUGCCCCUCCUCCUCUCUCUAGCUGGUAACCUUUCAAGAAUGUUUCUCUGUGUAUUUGUUAUUUGCUUUUUUAUAGUAGUGGGACCAUGCAAUAUUUGUCUUUUGUGAUUGACUUAGUUCAUUCAUUAUAAUGUCUUAUAGAUUCAUCCAGGAUGGGUUUCAUUAACUCAUCAUUCUUUAUAAUGUGUAGUAUUCCAUUAUAUGUAUGUACCAAAGUUUAUCCAUUCAUCUGUUGUUGGACCAGUUUGGUUGCUUCUAUAUUUUUGCUAUUUUGAAAUAAGAUGCAUUGAACAUAGAUGCACAGAUUUCUAUUCAUGUCACAUAUUUCUAGGAUAUAUACUUAGGAGUGGGCUUGCUAGAUCAUAAGAUCUAUUUAUAGCUUUUUGAUGAAGCUUCAUACUGCUCUUCAUCGUGCUUGUCCUAUUUUAUAACCCCGUCAGCAACGUCAGCAUCAGCGUUGCUCCCACAGCCUCACUGCUGUUUGUUGUCGGGUGAGGCGGUAUCUCAUGCUAGUGUUGAUCUUCAUAUCUUGGGGCUAAUAGUUGUGAGUAUAUUUUCAUGUAUUUGCUGGUCCAUCUGACUGUCCUCUGGUGGUGUCUGAUGUCCUUGUCUUUGUACUGAUUGGAUUCAUUUUAUGCUUUUAUUUAAUUUUUCUGUAUGGUUCAUGAAUUAAGACUUUAAUUGGCUGUGUCAUCACCAAAGACUUUCCCGGCUUUUAGCCUCUUUUUACUCUGCCAGUCGCUUAUGAUGAGCUUCAGUAUUGACUUUUCAGGAGGCUCUAGUUUUCUUAAUUUGUUUUGUGUGUGCGUUUUUAGUUUUGUUUGAUAAGAUUAUACUGUAAAGGAGGUUCCCCUAGAUUUGGUCUUACGUUAUCUUCUAGGAACUUUGGAGUUUUCAUUUUUCACAAAAGUUUUCACUUUAACAUUUAGAUUUUUCAUUCAUUUUGAGGUUGUUUUGUGGGUGGGUGGUUUUUUUUCCCCAUUAAAUAAACUAAACCUUGUGUUUGAAGAUAAGGUUUGAAAAUCCACAAUGGGUGGAUUUAACCCCUGGGGCUUUUAAUUCUGUUCCCUUGCGUUUUGCAUCUGUCUCUGAACUAAUACUAGACUGUUUAGAUUACUGUGGCUGUAUAGUUAGUAAGUUCUUGCAUCAGGAAGGAAGUGUAGGUCUCCUACUUUGUUCUUCAGUAUGUGCUUUAUCGAUUCUAAGUCUCCCUUUCCACAUAAAACUGGACAUGAGUCUUGCCAUUUCAUUAAAGAAUGUUACUUGGAUUUGGAUCAGGAUUGUAUUAUAUAUCAAUUGCUUUUGGUUUUAUUGACAUUUUCAAAAUAUUAAGUCUUCCGAUCCACGAGCAUGGGAUAUUUUCCCAUUUUUAGUUACUUUAAAAGACAAUGCUAUUCUGAUACUCAACAUUAGUAAGCUGGAAUUUUGGGGCUAAUUUUGUACCCUCCUAAAAUAGACUAUUGAAUAGUUCGCAUUUAUAAGUUGUUAGGGGAGUGGGGAAUCUUAAAUAAGUUCCUGAUUUUUCUCCUGUGGUUGUGGUACAUCGUAUUGGAAAGGUUAUAUGUUUACUUUGGCCAAUUGUUGUUUCAUUAGCACCUCCCCAUAUGCCUGGGAUGUACCACAACCAUAUGUCAGUUAUAUUUGGGGGGAUGGUUAAAAAAGCAAUUGUGGUUUACUGGGUAAUUUCCAAAUGGUGGUGUGCUUGCAAGCCUAUAUGAAACUAAUUUUGCUAUCUUUGUAGAUAAUUUCAGUACCUUUAACAUAACAAAAUUUGAAGUAAAUAAAUCUUCCAUAUAGUGAUGUUCUUUAUGAAUCAGUUCCCAAGUGAGAUGGGGAAGAAAUGCCUUUGAAGUUUCAAACUUAUGUGCAUUAGUGAAGAUGUGAAUGUGUAAACGUUUAGUAGUGAAUUGAUUGAUUUUGUGUGCAUUUUUUUAACGUGCUUGUUCUUUUUUAAGUGCCCCCCCCUUUUUUUUGGGUGGUGGUCGGUCUUUCAUCACAGUCUAAAUGUAAAGCUUUUAAAGAAGUGCCUCACUGUGGAGCAGAGAACUUUUUAUCUCCGCAAGACCUGAGUCUUGGUGUCCUGUAUAAUAUGUGAAUGCUUAUCCUAGCUGUAGAGAGCCAUUGUUUGGUCAAGUGCAUAUUUUAGCCGAAUCAUUGCAAAGAAAUCAUUGACUGUAGCCUCUUGUAGCAAGACUAAACAUACAAAAUACUUUUAUAAAUGUGCAAUAUCAAUCAUCUCACAUGGGUUAUAUAUGUAUUGAGACUUCUUUUUUAAACCUCUACACUAGAAUAUUACUGAUUUAUCUAAGGUUAGUACAGUUUUAUUUCCAGAUCUUGAAAAAUACAGUUUUGGGGUUUGUUUUUUAAGAGUAUAGUUUGAGGUUUGUUUUUUACCCCGUUUUCCAAUUAAUAUAUCUUGAUAUUAAAACAAAACAAAAACCCUUAAAAAUGUUUCUAGUUAGUUAGUCUGCAAUUAUUUUGUCUCCGUAAACAUGCAACUGUUUGCAUGGGAGGCUUUUCUCACUUAGAAGAGGGGAAAAAAAUGUGUGCUGCUUGUCGGAAGACUCCUGAGAUGCUCAGUCAGUAACUUAUUCAUAAGACUUAGUAAAUGGUUGAGGUGUUGGCCUCCUGAAUGUCUGAGGAUUUUUGGACCUUUACAGGUUUUUCAAGAAUGUCUGUAAUUAGGAAAAUGGGUUACAUACUACACUCUAAUCAUUAAUAUUCAACUUGAAACUGAUCUACCUGCUACAAUGCUUAUGUAUUUAUUGCUAACUAGUUUAGAGUCAGUAUUGCCCUUGACCUUGUCCUUUUUAAAGCUUUCCAGGUUAGGGGGAGGAGGUGGGAGGUGGCUUUUAGAAAAAUGAAACUUAUAAUUAGUUUAAGGCAUACCCUCCUACCUUUCCUAAUUAGGAUUCUGCAAAAGUAUGAACGUUUGUGAAUGUUUUAACAAACAUUAGAUCUAAGUCAUGUUAAAAAGCUGAUCCCUCAUUGCCCUUGAGAGCUUGCCUUAUUCUGUCUAUAUACGCACUAUCCAGCAGAAAUGUCAAGGGAAGACUGAAGCAUUAUUUCCUGCUCAAAGAUACUGCUGAAAACAGCAAAAUGGUUGAUAGAAUGCAAACUAGUUUACAAUGAUAGGAAACACUUGAUUAAAAGGGAUAGUUGAAUCCAAGACCUGAAGGAGAUCAAUAGUAAGUAAACCUGACAAUGAUAAAGGGGAGUUGAAUAGAGCUUGUCUAAUGGCCUGAUCCCCAGUGACUGGGAAGGCUAUUUGGUUCAAGUGGAAAGAGUUAACAGAUUUCUGGGAGGCUGGAGAAAGAGGAAAGAGCUACAGUGUGUAGGGCUUUAUACUUGCCGUUUAUGCUAAAUUUUUUGUCACAUUGAAGGUUUUAAGCGGUUCCAGUUGGCAGGUUUUGGGUUACCAAAUAAAGUUGCCACUAAAAUACAAGGUGAAAACUAUACAGAAUUGUAAAGAAGUGCGGGGAGACACCAGUAUGUAACCUAAGUGAGGUGAUUAUAAUAAAAGCAUCUGGGAUGACGGGAACGGAA